CGGUGUGGCAACGCUGGCAGCCAGGCCGAAUUUUGUUUGCUUUUUAUUUUGACAACAAAUUGGAUGAAAUGAGCGGCUCCAAGGCGAAAAAAGGCGGAAAGGGUGACCAGAUCCCCAAGCCCAUCAGCAUAAAAAAGGAAAAGUUGGAGGAGGACCGCACGCUGCAUCCGAUUUCACACUAUAUAGACGAUCGUCUGGAGUUGGUGAAACAGAUAUUUGGGACACUAAAACCAAAGACUAUAAUGAACCUGGCGCCGGAGUUUCUAAAGAAAACACCCCUGGACGAGAUCGAGGCACUGUGCCUGGAGGAGCUGCUCUGCCUGUCCACCAAGCGCCUAAAAGCUAUAAUAGAAGGCACACGAUGUCCCACAGACACCGAGAGCUCUGAGGAUUCUGAUGUUGAGCAAAAGGAGGAACACAUUUCUCUGGAGGAGAUUUCCUCGGACAGCGACAUUGGAGGGCAGGAAUCCCGAAGAACCAAGAAAAAGCUUCGGGCCCAAAAAACGAACAAUGGGAACGAAAACAAGGAGUCGGGCGGUCAGAUGAGUGUUCUGGAACUUCUGGAGCUUCAGGCUCGGGCCCGGGCCAUUCGCUCCCAGCUAGCCAUGGAGCCAAUCACCAAGAUAGAGGUGAAGUCGGAUGAUGAUGAUGAGAUCCCAGCGGAGAAAGUUCAGCGAAAGGAAAAACGCAGCACCAAAAACAAGGAGUCAGGGAAGCGCAAGUCGCAGGAAACUAAAGCACCCAAAGAGGAUACAUCUCUUCCUCCGGCAGAAGCGGAUAGUACCAGUAAGGAACAGCAAGCGCCCCGCAAGAGAAUCAAAAUCAAGCGAAACUAUCGGCAGACCUCAAAGUCGCCAGAAAAAGAUGCUGCAGCUCCACCUCCUCCUUCUGAAAUGUCAGUUACAAAUAACGAUACCAGUAAGCCGUCGCGUUCCAAAUCGCGUUCUGCCUCACCAGAUGUAAUAACCAUUCAAAUGGAGCCAGAAACACUGCUGAUCAGCGACAGCACGGAUGACGAGGCCACGAAGCAAAAAAGUAAAGAAACGACUGAGCCAGUUGCUGUGGAGCCCCCAGCUCCAGUCGUUGAGAGCGAGCCGGAGGAGGGAGAAGUGCGCGAUGAACCCGAAGAGCCGGCCAAGUCAGAAGAGCAAGCCAAGCCAGAAGAGCCGGCCAAGACAGAAGAAUUAACGCAAACCGAAGAACCAGAAAAAAACAUAGAGCCAACUAAGCUAGAGGAGCAGAAAACAUCAGAUGAGCCUGAAAAAUGUACAGAAAAGGAAAAGCUCACAGAGGAAGCUUCCUUGGCUAUCCAUAAUCCUCCAGCAGAGACAAAGGAAUCCACUAUUUCCGAACCAGCAACCCUAGACGAUGAAGACCAAAACGACGAUGUCAUUUCAAUAGGCGGUGAUCUGGAAAUGAUUGAGGAAAUGACUAAAGAAGACGUGCAACUUCCAGUGAGCAUUAAGAAUGAGAAGAAGGAGAAGCUGCCCGAUCCCGAGGAUAUGGACAACGAUGUUAUAUCAUUGGACACCAGCGAAGAUGAGCGUGACAAGUUACAACGGACAGACUCCGAGUCUUGGCGCACACGCUACAUGAAAAGCUCCAAGGUCAGCCAGGUGCUGGCAGAGUCGCGGCUGGGAAAACGCGUACGCGACAAACUCAAGAAAUCGAAGCGCAGCAAAGUGGCUGCCAGCGAUGAGCAGGCCAAGGCCGAAAAGCAACCGGUCUCGUUUACGUCUAAGCAUGAGGAUGGAUCCAUUGAGCAAUACCAGGAGCUGAUGCAGCAUCGACAGCGCAAAACUUCAAGCAGCAGCAAGGGCGACAAAUAAAUCCACCCGCCGAGCAGGAUUGGGAUUUUUAUUGAAAAGUCGCGUACUGACGCACAGGUCUGGUUUAUAUGGCAUAUAAAAAUUCAAAUAAAAACCCGUUGUCCUCGGGGGCGGCAGCAAACGUAAAAAAUUUGAAUAUAUCGUGCUAAGCGCAUA